ACAUUCUGCACUGCCUGUGCAGAAACAUGAGAUGUAUCUGUAAGACCACCAGUGUUCAAAGCUCCUGCAAGUCUUUGCAAGCUGGCUAUACUUCUCUACUUCUGUGUGGAAACACCUCUGCAGUAUAAUCCACCAACCAGCCCAUGUAAAGGAUGAAAGGAGAGAAGCUGUUACUGUCCAUAAUACUAAUGUCUGUGCCGAGUUUACUGACACUAAGGACAUCGUAUGGACAGCAGUUGGCAGAGGAGUCCUGCACUGUUCAGAUCCUUGUCCCUGGACUCAAAGGAGAACCAGGAGAGAAAGGACAAAAAGGAGCACCAGGGAGACCAGGAAGAGUGGGUCCUUCUGGAGAGAUUGGUCAAACCGGGCUUAAAGGUCAGAAAGGCAUAAUGGGUCGUUACGGAAAAGUCGGCCCAAGUGGAAUGAAAGGUUUAAAGGGAGACAUGGGGGAUCCAGGUCCAAGGGGCCCUAAUGGAGAUCCAGGUGUUCCAUGUGAGUGCGCACCAAUGAGAAAGAUGAUCGGAGAAAUGGACAUACUGGUGGCACAGCUCUCCUCCGAACUGAAAUUCAUUAAAAAUGCACUGCCCUCCCCUGCAGCUGUUGCUGGCAUGAAAGAGACAGACAGUAAGGUGUAUCUGUUGGUGAAGGAGGAGAAACGCUAUGCCGACGCCGAGGUCUACUGUCAGACGAGGGGAGGGCACCUGGCCAUGCCCAAGGAUGAGGGAGCCAACACGGCCAUCGCAGGGUACAUAACCGAAGCUGGCCUCAACAGAGUCUACAUUGGCAUUCACGACCUGCACAGCGAGGGUGUUUUCACCUACGUGGAUCUGUCUCCCAUGACUACUUUCAGCAAAUGGAGAAAGGGAGAGCCCAACAACGCCUAUGAUGAUGAGGACUGUGCAGAGAUGGUGGCGUCCGGGGAGUGGACUGAUGUGGCGUGCAACCCCACCAUGUAUUUUGUGUGUGAAUUUGACAAGGACAGUCUCUGAGCUCAGUCUGUUUUAACCCUUUAUCGGGCGAAGAACUAUAUUUGGUAACUUCAGUGGAUAUCAAAAUGGAUUUCUUCCAGCUAAUCAGCAAAGAUCAGGCUGCGUCACAGACGGUGACACCAUGACAUCUGACCAAUCAGUAUGAUAAUAAUAUAAUAAUAUUAACUUUAUUGACCUUGACUUCCAAUGUAAAAAUGAAAAAUUUUGAAAAAAAAAUCUGCAAGAAACAGUCAUACAAACAGAGCUAUUCUUCAGUGACUUGUACCAGGAGAACUUCACUAUGAAGACAUAUUAGGGCCAAGUAUGAAUAAAAAUAAUAGGAAUAUUUUGAGAAAAAAAUAGCAAAUUUACUAGAUUAAAGUGGCAAAUCUACAAGAAAAAAAGUCGCAGAUUU